AGCUGAUUUCCGCGCACCGGCAAAAAGCUAAUGAAAAUAAAAGUUGUAUUAUUUGAUUAGCCGUUUAUUAUGAACGAUAUUAAGCGAUUGAAGGAUCAGCAGCGCGAGAAGCAUCCCGGGUUCGAUGGUUACAUGGACUGCAUGACCCGUUCCCUUUUCACAGGGCUUGCCACAUUUUGCUUAGGUUUUUCCGGCACCUAUUUCGCCCAGAAGAUCGUACAGUCCCGAAUUCGCUACCCAAUCAAGUACAACAUACUCAUCUCCUCACUGGUGGCCACCGUGGUGUCCUACCAAACCACAUCGACACGCACCAAAGCCUGCCAAGCGGCGUGGAUGGCCUUUGAGGACAAGCAUUCCGUGCUUAAGGAGGAAUCUUUUUAACACCUUCAAAAUCUAUUUUAGCUUUAGUCAUGUCAGCUCUACGAAUUUUUGCCCAAUUGGCCCGCAGGAAACUGCAAAUACGUCCGAUUGUGGCGAUUCCCGAACGCUGCAAGUACACCCAACAUCAAGGAGUUAAGGGCAUUCGCAACAGGAAGAGCUUCUUCGAGGCCCAAAUACAGGCAGGUCAAAGCAGUGAGGAGGAUGAGGACUUGGAGCGGACAGCCAGUACCGAUUUGGCGGAUAUGCGGUUCUUGGAUGAUCGUGCUUACGACGAGGUGGCUGGAGGAGCUAUGAGAAUCACUCGUGACAUAGCCAGCUCCCAGCAAGUGCUCAUCCUCCAACCUUAUGUGAAAUGGGCAGCAAAACGGCAGAACACACCAGUCGAUGUUCGGCCAGAGGAUCAGCUUGCGGAGGCCUCUGCCUUGAUCCACUCCCUGCCCAACUGGCAGGUGGCCAGGGCUCUUAAGGUUCCCCUGGAAAACCUCGAAAAGAAGACCCUCUUUGGCAGCGGAAAGCUGGUGGAACUGAAGGAACUGGUCGCUGAACUGCGACAGGAACGGCAGCUAACUUGCCUGUUUGUCAGCAAGGGAACGCUAUCAUUCGCCCAAAAACGAUUCCUGGAGGCGGAGUUUCACCUGCCAGUUAUGGAUCGCUAUUCCGUUGUUAUACAGAUACUAAGACUGCAUGCCACCAGCGCUGAAGCCAAACUGCAGGUAGCCAUGGCUGAGCUGCCUUACAUUUGGGCGCAGGCCAAGGAUGCGAGUGUUACGCAGACGCGUCGCCAGGGAUAUGCCUUGACCGAUCUGCAAAAGGAGAUUCUGCGCACCCGGGAGCGAAAAUUGCGAGCGGAACUAGAUCGUGUUAGGCGACAGAGGCAGUUGCUUCGGCAGAAACGCAAGCAGCAAAAUUAUCCCAUCGUCGCAGUGGUGGGCUACACAAAUGCUGGCAAGACCUCCUUGAUUAAGGCUCUCACAGUCGAGGAUGCACUGCAGCCCAGGAAUCAGUUGUUUGCCACUCUUGAUGUAACUGCCCAUGCCGGUUGUUUGCCGUGCAAUCUGGAGGUGAUCUACAUGGACACGGUGGGCUUUAUGUCCGAUUUGCCAACGGGACUGUUUGAGUGCUUUGUGGCCACUUUGGAGGAUGCCAUGCUGGCGGACGUAAUAGUGCAUGUACAGGACCUUUCCCACCCGUGCCACGCUGCUCAACGCAGCCAUGUGGAGGCCACGCUUCGUUCUCUGGCAUUUAACGUGGCUGGCGGAGAUUCAACGGCCAGCCAGUUGCCGCCGAUCAUUAAUGUGUACAACAAAUGCGAUCUUGUUUCCUCAGAAGCUCAGCCGUCUUCAGAGUCAGUGCAUCAUAUAUCAGCUAGAACGCAGACUGGGCUGGAACCCCUGCUAGAUGACAUCGAGCAACAGAUACUGACCGCCACCGGGCGAAGAAAACUGCAGAUGCGUGUGCCCAGCGGCGGACCAGAAAUGGCCUGGCUCUACAAAAACGCAGCCGUGGUGGACACGACAGCGGAUGCGGAGAAUCCCGAACGCCUUAUGAUGCACGUGGUCAUCAGCCAACGCACACUGGAUCAGUUCAAGCGACAGUUCUGCCGCUGAAAUUUGAAGUCCUACGGAUAAAUUUCUGAGGCGCAACUGGCACCGACUAAAUGUUUAUUAUUGCUCUCGUUUUUGUUGGUUUAUUAGCGGGUGUAGUUACGACUAUUUUUAUUUUCUUGUUUUAAAUUCUAUUCAAAUGUAAAAGUACCUACCAAAAAUAAAAGCGAAACAAUCUCUAAAAAUAUAUUUAAAGAUAAUAUUUGUAUUGCACUUCACUGACAUUUUUGUGCUGGGGUUUUCUCUAGCAAUAAUCGGACCUAAACCCUUGUGGGAUCUGAUUUCGUAUCAACCAUUUUUGUUUACAACUAGGGCAAGUUUUUUAUUUAUUUUUUGUUUGUGUGGUGCUGACUUUGCUAUUGGCACAAUGGAAUAUUUUAAAAUAAUGCAGGGCUGAUGAGCGUAACCAACUUAGGAUACAAAGCUGAAACAAACUUAACACCGGCUUAAACUAAGAAAAACCUAUACGAUAAACUACCUUAAAAUUAAACAAAAAUGCGUUCAUCACUCUAAUGCAAAAAUUAGAAACUUUAAACCCAUUUA